AUGAGGAAUCCUGCGGAUUUCCAGCUCCCGCCCCCUCCACCGUGCCCCACGAGUUCUUCGGGUCCUCCAGCUUCUCUCUCCGGCGCGCCUCUGCCGUCGGGGACUCCGUGGAGAGACUGCGCGUCUGCCGAUCCUUCGCUCGUCGCUCAAGGCGAGGAGGUGGACGAGCGCGUAGCCAGGCAGCGAGAGGAAGAAACGAAGGCGCAAGUCGCGUCCCUGCUUUUGAAGAGGCAAUUUCGCUCGGUUCUCCGUCUGGUGUCGGAGGCUCUCCAACAGCCGGACCUUCCGCCGCACCGCCUCCUUCAGUGGGUCUCCAUCAAAAUCUACGCCCUUCUUUCUCUCAAGGACGCGGCAGGCAUCGAGGCUGAACUGCGGGCUCUGCCGCACCCGCUGGCGUCGUCCUUCUGGACCUACGAGAGCCAUCGACACAUCUAUCCCGACUCAGACCAGACCCGAGGAUCCCUUAUCCCCUUUUGUCUCCACCUUUUUCUCGCGGUCGCUCCGAGCAUCUGCCGACCCAGUUCGCCCUCGGCCCUCGACGCCAUCUACGCUCUCUUGCGGUUCACGCGAAACCAGCUCAGACAGUUCUGCCAUCCUUCGCGGUGCUCCUGUCCAUCUGCCUCGCGAGCCUCUUCUGCGCGGGAGUCUCUGCUUCGGCGUCUCGCUGUCCCCGUCUCUUCCCGCCCUCCUGCCGCUAAAGGUGCCCGCGAGGCCUCAGCGCCCGGGGCGACGCGGGCCGUGCCUUUAGGGAUGCAUGCGGCAGCUGAGACCCGCGCGGACGAGUCGAGAGAACAGACAACUCGGGAUGAACAGACGAUUAAACAAACGCUCCAUUCUCUCUGGAUUGAGCGGCUGACCACGGUGGUUUUCCUGGCAGCGGAGAUCCUCGUCGCGAAAGGCCACCUUCAGGAAGCGCUCCAGCUGCUGCAAGACGAGAUUCUCUCGCGGCGUCAACAACACCGCCAGCACGCGCCUACGCUUUCGCUGAUGGGACGCAUCAGCCUUCGCAUGUGCUGUCUCGACCUCGCCGAGGAGUUCUUCGGCUACGUCGAGUGUCUCGGCGAGCGCGACAGCGUCGCCACGCGCACGAACAACGGCCUUUUGGCUCUCUGGAACCGAGACGCCGGAACCGCCCGCGAAGCGUUCGACGCUGGCCACGCGCUGGCGGAGGCAGACGCAGCGGAGCGAAGGAAGUUUUUCCUCGGCGACACCGCGGCGUUUGAGCCUAACCGAGAAGAAGACGUGCGGGAAGGCGAGCAAGCGCGGCAGGCUGCGGCGCGUCCCGAAUGGGCGUCCAAGCGCCUGGAAACUGUCGCCUUCCCGUCUGCGCUCGCCAGCUCCGCGGCGAACCUCGCAGUGACUCUCUUGUACGACAAGAAGCUGUUUGAGGCCACUGCCGCGCUCGAGUCCGUCAUGGAGCGCCAACCGGAAGAGUCGCUGUUUGUCGGCGGCGUGCGGAAUCUCCUGACACUGUACGAGUUCUCCUUCAACAAGCCGACGUGCGUGUCCUACCUUUCGAACCUCAUUCUCACUGCCGCCUCCGAGGACCGUGAGCUCGCGGCUCUCGUCGCUCCGUAA